GCCACCAAUUCAUUCUACAGCUCUCAGCAGCGACAUUAUUCCGCACCGAAAGUGUCACGUGUGUCCAUUCCCCAACUUGGACACUGCUUGCCAAUGUGUGCAGCUCACAAGAAACGUCAGCAUCAGGACUCGACAUGGGAUAAGUUCCGUCAGGUCAUGUCGCGGUUCACAGCCAACGUGGAAGCGGUCGUCGCGGCGUUCCUCUUGUCGUCGUCGUCAUCGGCAGCGUCGUCAUCUGACGACCUGUCCCAUCUCGCCGCCGCCAUGCCAUCCCAGCACAUUCCGCGUCGCGUUCUCAUUCCCACAGGUCGAGUGGCGCUGCGCGUCAUGCACGAACGUCGGCAAGCCUGCAACUUUCACUCGAUCAGCGACGACGUGGACAGCGACCAAGAAACCGAGGGCAGCGAAGACGACGCGUUUAGCUGUACCGGCUGGGAUGACUCUGCCGAAUGGCGGGAUCAAUGGAGUGCUUUGGUCACCCAGAGUCGGUUCCUCGACGAAUACGUCAAGCAUGUGUCUGCACACACUAUCCAGCGCGCGAUGCGCAAGUUUCUAUGGUCGCGUCAACAGCACACGAUCGCGGCACAUCUCUUCCGCGUGCGAACCCCCCUCAAGUGCCUCUUUCGGCUACACCAAGAAAUCGAGUUGAAGCACCGCGCGGCGGGUGUGCUUCAACAUGCGUGGCGACACCGUCCGUCGGGGUCCAAGCCGAACCGACUCAAGAGGAAACGCACCGACGACCACAACCUCAAGCCGUCCGACGUGUGCCGGCAAGGCGCGUUGCUCGCGCACGCCGCCUUCCACAACCAAGACACCAAAGACAUGCUUGUCCAAGCCCUCUUGUGCUGAAGACAACGUGAACAGACGUAGCUAGCUAGCUACGCACCACAACCUCCACACCAUAGAAACAACAUCCACAAAUAUAGAGAAACCCAAACCGCCAUCUCUACUGUGCACCGGGCGUGGCCGUUCAACUCUCGGAUAUUAGUUUUUUAUAGCUUUACUAUGGCUGCGAUCAUAUGUUGGAGUCGAUAGCAGCAGCAGCGCGGGUCGUCCAGUCAUACGGUGCCCAUUGCGCUUGAAACGACUGGACGCGUGCGUUUUCCGCCGCGACGUUGGGGAUGUACCGCCCCAGCCGCGGCGGGUCCACGUCCAGCAUGCCCGCGAGCGUGUCCAAGCCAAAGUCGGCAGGGAACUGCGCGGCGUCUUCAAUGAUGUGCGCGUACCCGCCAAAGGACUGGUUGCCACUGCUGUUGCUGUCCCAUUCCACGUGAAAGUAGGCAAAAUUCUGGCACAACCAGAUGAGCCACCAUAGAUAUCAUCCAACGAGGAGCGUUCAACAUACCGGAGGCACGGUACGGUUGAUGCCCUUGCCCGUAGUGUCCAAGAUCUUCUGGUGCGUCGACCACUCUUCGUCGCAUUCGAGCAUGGCUUGCUUGAAGAACAUGGGGGUGUCCAUGCCGACAUCCUUUGGCACGGGAACACCAUCGACAUGUCCACGGACGCUGCCAUCGCCACCAGUGCC